CAGACAUGGCGCUCCGCAGGUUCUUGGUUGGAGGGAACUGGAAGAUGAACGGGACCAAGGAGAGUCUGGGGGAGCUGAUCCUGAACCUGAACACCUCCGACCUGCAGGAGGAGACCGAGGUGGUGUGUGCUGCUCCCUUCAUCUACCUGGACUUCGCUCGGUCCUGUUUGGAUCCUCGGAUCAGCGUCGCAGCCCAGAACUGCUACAAAGAGUCCAAAGGAGCGUUUACCGGAGAGAUCAGCCCCGCCAUGAUUAAGGACUGCGGGGCCGACUGGGUGGUCCUCGGACACUCGGAGAGACGCCACGUGUUCGGGGAGAGUGAAGAGCUCGUCGGACAGAAGGUGGCCCACGCUCUGGAACAUGAUCUGGGUGUGAUCGCCUGCAUCGGCGAGAAGCUGGAGGAGCGAGAGGCCGGAACCACCGACGACGUCGUUUUCACUCAGACGCAAAUCAUCGCAGAGAAUGUGAACGACUGGGGGAAGGUGGUUCUGGCGUAUGAACCGGUGUGGGCCAUCGGCACUGGCAUGACCGCCACACCUGAGCAGGCUCAGGAGGUCCACGAGAAGCUGAGGCUUUGGCUCCGAGCAAACGUCUCAGACGACGUUGCCGAUUCUGUUCGCAUCAUUUAUGGAGGUUCGGUCACGGGAGCGAACUGCAGGGAGCUGGCGUCUCAGGCGGACGUGGACGGCUUCCUGGUGGGCGGGGCCUCCUUGAAGCCGGAGUUUGUCGACAUCAUCAACGCACGUGCAUAA